UCCGAAUAUACAAUUUGCCGCAAUUCAACAGUUAGUCAGUUAGUUUCAGUAUCAGCUUAAACGCAAUGCGUUCAACAAUAAUUUUUGCACUCCUUGCUAUCGCUUUCGCUGUCGCUGGCACCAGCCGCGCCUUGUCGCCUUCCAGCGGCCGCAUUUUGGGCGGAGAGGAUGUUGCCUCUGAUCAGUUCACUUUCGCCGCUUCGGUGCGCUUGGACAAUGCGCAUGUGUGUGGGGGCAGCAUUGUUGGUGAAGGGAAGAUAUUGACUGCAGCCCACUGCGUCAUCGAUGAUAACAACCAAGUUGUCGCCAGCGGUCGCGUUUCCGUACGCGUUGGCAGCGUCAAUCAGUUUGCUGGCGGCAGAAUCGUUUAUGUCGCUGACAUUGCAGUGCAUCCGUCCUAUGAAUACAUACGUAAUGAUAUUGCUGUGUUGACACUAAGCAGUGCGCUUGUAGCGAGCGAUAAACUUUCCAUAAUUGCUUUGGCCACUAGUGCCGAUCAGGAGCCACCAGUGGGCGCAGAAAUUACAGUAGCCGGCUGGGGUGAACAGUCCUCUGGUACUACGCCCUAUAAAAUGCAAUCGACCACUUUCACAGUGGCCAGCGAUGAGGUGUGCUCUAAUGGUUAUGCCGGUAAUGAUGAGACAACAUUCUGCCUGGCGCACAGCCUCAAGCAGGGCAGCUGUACUGGUGAUGCCGGAAAUGGUGCCGUAUACAAUAAUCGGUUGGUUGGUGUCAGCAGCUUUGUAGUGGGUGCAUGCGGUUCGCGCUAUCCAGAUGUGUUUGCGAAUGUCACGCACUUUGCAGAGUGGAUUCAGAUUCAACUUUGGAUUUGAGGAGUUGAAGUCCGCAGUUUGCAGGGUGUUGAUAAAGAAUUAUGUGCAUAUUGAAAUAAAAGAUG